GGCAGGGAAAACACCGAGGAACUUUACAGCUGAAUGAACAACACAAAUGUUUUCAGUGGAGAAGUUUAGAGAUGUCAACAAGCGGCCAACUGUUGCAGCUUAGGAAAUCUGUGACGAUGCUACAAGAGCUGCCGACGAGGACGAGGCAGAGAUCAACCGUCAGCGCAGAAUGCUGGGUAUCCUUCUGAAACCUCACAUCUUACACAGAAUAGAUGUCCCACAGCAACAUGUGUGUAAGGAGGAGGAGGCUGAGCAGCAGCUCUGUCACCAGGAGAGGAAGUCCAGUCUGGACCAGGAGGAACCAGAGCCUCCACAGAUUAAAGAGGAGCAGGAGGAAGAGCAGCUCAAACAGGAGGAGACUGACAUGUUGUUAAUGACUCCUACUAAGGAGGAAAGUGAGAACAGAGAAGCAGGUAGCCAACAUGAACACCAGAUCCUUUCUCACAGCUCUCAUGUUGAUGAGAAUCAAAAUUCCAACAAGCAGAAAGACUCAGAGAUAACUGUAAAAUCAAAACAAAGACAAAAGAGAGACAGAGAACACACAGGUGAGAAGCCUUACUCCUGCAGCAUCUGUGGAAGAAGAUUCAGUCAGAAAUCACAUUUGAGUCAGCACAUUCUAAUUCACACAGGUAGAAAGCUGUACCCCUGUGGUGACUGUGAGAAAUCAUUCACAAAUAAAUCUAAGUUUGACCAGCACUUAAAAAUCCAUACAGGUAAAAAACCACAUACCUGCACAAUGUGCAACAAAUCUUUUAGACUAAAAGAUCAUUUGACUGACCACAUGAGAAGAAAGACAGGUGAGAAGUCUUACUCCUGCAGCACCUGUGGAAGAAGAUUCUACACAAAAUCGCUUAUGAAUAAGCACAUUCGCACUCACACAGGUACAAAGCCGUACACCUGUGGUACCUGUGAGAAAUCGUUCAUAAAUAGAUUUAAUUUGGAACACUACAUAAAGAUCCAUACAGGUGAAAAACCACACACCUGCACAAUGUGCAACAAAUCUUUCAGGUGUAAAAAUAAUUUGACAGUCCACAUGAGAACACACACAAGUGAGAAGCCUUUCUCCUGCAGCACCUGUGGAAAAAAAUUCAGGGAGAAAUCACAUUUGAAUCAGCACAUUCGUACUCACACUGGUAUAAAGCCGUACACCUGUGGUACCUGUGGAAGAUCAUUUACCAAGAAAUGUUUUCUGAACAACCACCUGAAUAUCCAUUCAGACAAUAAUGGUUAACCUUAAUUAACAUGUAGCAGGUCUCCCAGAAUUGUUGCUGACUUGAUGGUUGAUGGUUGAUGGUUGAGAAGAACCGACACUGCUGAGAAGCUUUAGCUUUGAUAUUUGAGAUCUGCUAGAAAAGAGACUUUGCCUAGUUUUUCAUUUCUCAUGUAAGAGCUGUUGUGUUUGUUUGGUUAUUUUUCUAGUUUUAAAGACACU